GUGUAUAUUGUACGCUACCCGGGACUGCGCAGUGAAGGAAUCCAUGCAUGGUGGGACUCCAAGGGCAUCCGUGCUGGGCACAGGAACUCGGGGCUCGAAGGAGAGAGAAGAAGCAGGGAGGGAACAGCGGAGGCAGCAGUGGGUGCGAGCUACGUGGGAUAAUAUAGUAGUGACGAGGAUAAGUUGGGAGUGGCCUUCGAAGGUCAGAGUCCUCGAGGUCAUGCACAUGAAUCUUUCUGUGGAUUCUUGACAGGGUGGACGCGGCCAGUCUUCCUCGCAGGUGUCAAGCCCUGACGUUUUUUAGAAGUUUUGUCUGAAACCCUCGAAAGCCAAUCGAGGCCUGAUCAGUCAUCCGACCUUGUAUGGGCUGUUCAUGGGCGCUUUCAUCCCCAGGUCCCACCUCGUCUGCUCUGCUCUCCUCUCCUCUCCCGAUGCUGUGUUCCAUGGACUCAUCCAGUCCGACGCAGACCACUGUGCUGCACUGGAAUCCGGAGCAGGUUUCCAGGGAAUUAAAGUCCAGUGCAAGGAUUUGGGUGGAUGUGUAGUCAGCGGAGGCGGCAGAGAGCGUGAGAGGAAGAAACUCGUAGGUGGGCCGAAUUGAGUACGCAGUGAUUGGGACCCAGGCAUUUGAAGGGUCUUACUGCUGAAGGUUUCUAUUGCAGUCUCAAGAAAAAUUGAGUUGGGUUUGGGUUUCAUGGCCGAAGGAGAGGGCACUUGUUUUAGGAGCUGGACUAGAUAGGCGUCCGACGAGAAUCGGGAAGGGCUGAAGAUUUGAAGUUAGGAGCUUACCUGGAGUAGAUGGCAGCUUAUCAGCUGGCGUUGAUCGUGAGAAAUCAUAAUGUGGAAAAUUUUGAGUUUCUCGUGACUAGACAGAGGAGGCCCUCGGAACAAAAGUUCGAAGGGUUGCCCUAUAUAGACAAGGAGUUAUGGGAUCUACCCUCAGCUCGUCUUUCUCGCAUAGAUGAGAGUGGUUUGAUCAUGUCACCAAUUUCCGAAGACAAUGAGGGAUCCGUCAGUCUCGGGAAAAGUGUGUCAAGCUCCAUGCAGAAGUUGGGGCUUAAAGGCUUUGACGUCGUCGAUGCCAUUUCUCAGAUCCAGGCCCAAGUCGCUCCUCCUGGUGUACACAUGACACCCUGGAGAUAUUGGAAGUUGGUGGAAGAAUCCGAAUAUGGACCUGGACCUCCUCUCCACACUGUAAUAUUUAUGACUGACUUUUUCAUCGACAAAUCCGAAGUUCCAGGCGGAGGAGAGUGGUUGGAUUCUCAAACCACAAUGGACGUGCUGAUCCAGUGGGGAGCUCACAGCAGGCGAAUUGGACCUUUGGCUGCUCUCGCAGCUUCUACUCAUGUUCCAGAUGGCUUAGUUGCAAAUUUUGAAAGUAUACAUGGCCAGGAGUACCCUCCUGGUAUUGUUGUGCUGCCGAUGAGAUCGAUUAUUCCCAAGCCUUUCGGAAAAACGAACCUUGUUAUACUCUCCCCUUCAAACUUGUCUGGCCAAUGCGGGGAAACACUUUCAAACCAUGCUGCAACAGGUGAUGUAAUGAUUUGUGAUCCAGGGUGUAUUGGUGCCGCUCAAGCCGAGUUGGCACAUAUCGUCAAAUCGCUUCCCAGGAAGCUUCUUGUGUUUUUGACUCACCACCAUUAUGAUCAUAUCGAUGGCUUACCUGUUGUGCGCAAGAACAACUCGGAAGCUGUGCUGGUGGCCAGCGAAGCCACGUUCAGACGGAUGGGCAAAGCCACCAAAGGUUUUAACUGCAUAACCGUCGAGGGAGGGUCAAAAGUGUUGAUAUCUGGACAUGAACUCGAGAUUAUAUCAGCACCGGGUCAUACUGACGGUCAUUUGGCCAUAUAUGAUUCAGCGACUGGAACUCUUGUGGUCGGUGAUCAUUGUUUGGGGCAGGGAAGCUCUUUGUUAGAUCCUUCGUCGGGUGGCAAUCUUCAGGACUAUCUGCUAACAACUCGAAGACUUCUCGACCUCGGGCCUCAUUAUCUUGUGCCCAUGCAUGGACGACCAAACUUGUGGCCUGCACACAUGCUCUGCGGAUAUAUAAAACACCGGGAAGCUAGAGAGGCAAAAAUAUUGAAAGCUAUUCAAGGUGGCGCAAGAACAGCUUACGAGAUUACAUCUACUGCUUACGCCGACACACCAGCAAGCUUAUGGCCUCAAGCUUUGAAUAAUGUUAUCUUGCACGUGGAGCAUUUGAAUGACAAUAAAAAACUGCCGAAGGACUUUUCUCUGGAGAAUUUCGAGCGGAGUAGCAGGAGUCCAUUUUUGCUCAAAUGUCUCCCUGCUGUUACGAAGUACGUUCUUUGGGCGCCAUGGGUGCACUUUACGUCCAGCUCGAUGUCCACUGUAAUUUCAAGAGUCUCAGUUGCUGUGCUGCUCGGAGCGGUUGCAUUGUACUGGGCUAAAAGGAAACUUUAAGAGAAGACUAGAUGGGUUCUAGGCAAAUGCUUUGGUAAUGUGCAGAGUUUUGCGCUAAUCUCUUCAGAUCUAUAAAGGGAGAAUUUCUAGAUUAUGUAGAACUUGGUGAUAACCUGUGGAUUAUAUGCGAUUCCCGGAUCAGGUGAAGCGUGGUCUGGCACAGGGGGUCUAGCCGAGCACGCUAACUACCUCUGGUCCAGUUGACGCAGAGAUUUCCGAGUCAGCAUUGACGUGUACAUAAAGCUUUGAAUCUCACAGAUAUAAGGAGCUGUAAACUAGAACAGUAAGGAGAAAGAUGCACGUUUUCAAGGUGUUCCAAGCCUUGAGAGCUGUUCAAAUUUCUGAGUAUCUUAUGCCCUCUAGUCACCACAUGGAUGUAUGCAGUGGGCCAACUUUGUAACUUCAAUAAAUGUGAAGGUCUGAAGAUGAUGUGCGUCUUGUGCUGCUGUAUUAUUUGCUUCUUGACACACCUCAUUCGUUACAUUGGGUCCUCUUUGGAUUGAGUGGUACUCGUGGCAAGGAGAUAACUAUUUAAUGCGAACCCAUCGGAAUAUAAGU